AUGACUUGGUGUAACGAUUGUACCGACACACAACCGCCAGUUACUAUACGGAAACUUCCAUCAUCUAACGAUAACAACCGUGUCAUGGAUAGUAACAAGACCAUGCCAUGUCCUUCCUGUGGUCAUCGGAUCAAGUGCUACGAAAAGGCUCGAAUUCAUGACCUUCCGGGAUUGCCUGCUGGAGUGAAGUUUGAUCCAAGUGAUCAAGAGCUUCUUGAGCAUUUGGAAGCGAAGGUGCGUUUAGAUGCGCAUAAGAUCCAUCCGUUGAUCGAUGAGUUCAUUCCUACACUAGACGGCGAAAAUGGAAUUUGCUAUACUCAUCCUGAGAAACUACCAGGAGUGAGUAAGGAGGGUUUGGUUCGACAUUUCUUUCAUAGACCAUCAAAAGCAUACACAACCGGAACCCGAAAGCGAAGAAAGGUGCACAGUGAAACCGAUGGGGGCGAGACUAGAUGGCAUAAAACAGGCAAGACUAGGCCAGUUCUUCUUCAAACAAAAGUGAAAGGCUACAAGAAGAUUCUUGUACUGUAUGCCAACUAUGGGAAACCAAAAAAGCCAGAAAAAACCAAUUGGGUAAUGCAUCAAUACCAUUUGGGCAACAACGAAGAUGAGAAAGAAGGUGAGUUAGUUGUCUCCAAGAUUUUCUACCAAACACAGCCUAGACAAUGUGGUAAUUCUAGCAUUGUUAAAGAUUCUCUUGUGAAACCAAAUGGUCGAAAUGUACAUGAAGGGUCUCAUGCUACUAAUAACAUCACCACCUUCAUCGAGUACUUCGGUCCAUCGUUCGUUUCUUUCCAACAAAAUGUUGAACAUGCCCGUGAUUUGAAUUUGCAUGACGGAUCAUCUGUUGGAAGAAGAAAGGCGCAGGUUGUCCUUGGUGCGGCACAACGACGCAGGCGGUUCAGGUGCAGUGCAGGCGCAUGCGAUUCUGGGUGCGGUGCAACGGACUCCGAGCUGGUCAAGGCUGGUGCUCUAUUUUCCCCCAAACCAGUAGCUACGACUGCUUCAAAUCUGGUCAAAACUAGCACUUUAUUUGCGUUUAAACCAACAACUGUGGCUGCUUCGAUCUCCUGUUUGCCACCCACCGUGGGCCCCCAACUAAAGAAAUUCUUCGAAAAACAUCCGUCUUUCAAACGAUCUUUGUCAAGUUUUAUCACUUUCAGGAACAUGGCCAGUAGCGGAGGAAAUCAUGAUGUUCUAGCUCAAAUAAGAGCAGAACUGGAAGCUGCUAGUCGGUGUAUCGAUCUAUUAGACGAAUAA